AUGGCAUGCGUCCAGGAAAAGUUGGAAGAAUACGAACGCUUGGACGACGAAGACCAGGUUUUGCUGAGACGGGCUCUCGCACUUUCUUUAGAAAGGAACGAAGUUGACGUCGAAGAUAGUCCACAGCGGGCUCUUUCACUUUCUUUAAGAGGAGAAAUUAACAAACGUCCCGAGGAGGUCGAGUCGAUACCGCGUUUCAUGUCAUUUGGUACACCAAUUCUUGGUGCUCCUUCAUUUACCGAAUCUCCACAAUCAUCAUUCUAUCAUGAUUUGAAUGAUCAAUAUAAGCAAUGGAUUGAGCAACAACAAAUGUUUAAUGAGAGACAGGCUGACUCUAAGGAACCGCACGAGCAAACUCCUUUUUCACCUGUUAGCGUUGAGGAGCUUGCAAACCAUGGAGUUCUAUACUGGCAUUUUGAAGGAGAAGAUUGCAUGUCCAAGAUAGACGAAAUUGCGAGAGAAAGGAACUACAACAGUCGCGACGAAGUUAGUAGCGAUAAUAGCGAUUUAUACGAAAGCAAGAUGAAAACGUUCUUUGAAGAACAUCUUCAUGAGGAUGAAGAAAUUCGGUAUAUCACGGAAGGUUCUGGCUUCUUUGACGUUCGCGGUAAGAUGGAUUAA